AGUAUUUUAUGCAUAUGUUUUCAUUUCACAAUAUGACUUUACCUGUAUAUGUUUCUGUCCAAUAGAAAGUCUGUUGUACUGUAGGCUGAAAUUCCUUGUAUAUGAGGCUUUUAGGUGUAUUUUUUUAAAAAUUAGUUACUUUUUUUAAAAGCUGUCUUGUAAGACUGAAAUUCUAAAACAUAAGCUUUCUUUUUUUUUUAGUAGGAUAGACAGUUGUGACGGGGUCAUUCAUGACUAUUUUUUUUUUAUUUUUACAUGGCUUCCUGGUUUGAAAAAACUAUUGAAUUUCUGAGCACUGGAGAACUAAUUAUAACUGUGUCCUUGGUUAAAGUUAUAGAAGACUUUUUAAGCACUGCUCUGGUAAUUUCCAGAUGCAGUCAUAAGGGAAAAAGCCAGCUCUUGGAUUCAUUCUUAGUGAACUUAGGACUUCUAGUGGCAGACAAGACAAUUCAUUAUUUGAUUCGAAAGGAGGCUCUAAGGACUUUGAACUCCAUCUUGGAAAAAAUGCCUCGAGGAGAGAUGGUGAAAUUUCCUUUAUCAGAAAACAAAGUCUCUCUUAUGAAAGGCUUUGCCACGGCAAUUUUGGAGAUAGGUGAUUAUGAUCUACAAGUUGCUCUUUCUGAAGCCUUGUGCAGGAUGAUGAGCAAAAAGUCUCAAGCUGACCUUGCCCAUAGAUUGUUUGAAGAUGACAUUGUUGCUGUAGCUUUCAAAGAGAUAAGAGACAGAGAAUUUGAGACAGACAGUAGAAGAUUUCUUAAUUGCCUAAAUGAUAAGCUUGGUGAUAAAAGGAGGGUUUAUACAUUUCCAUGUAUUGCUGCCUUUGUUGAUGGAUAUGAGGUGAGGAAGCCACAUGAUGAAAAUCUGGAGAAGUUUUGGAUUGAUUUUAAUAUAGGAAGUCAGAGCAUAACAUUCUAUAUAGAUAAUCCUGAGGAUGAACUGUGGGAUUCCAUAAGACUUCUAAAGGAAGCAGUUAGCAGUUUCAGUAUAAAAGAAGCUGGAAAAAAGAAGGUCCUUGUUGUUUGCCUGAAGAAAUCUCUUUUUCUUUUCAACAACAAAGAAGUGAUGAAAAUAGAAAUACAUUUUGAUUUACAAUCUGAUAUACUAAAGACUUGCAUGAGAGCUCUUGGAUCAGACAAAUACCUGCUGAACCCUGAUCAGACAAAAAAAGAACCAUCAGAAACUCUUGAGGAUUUCAAGGAACAGGAUAGUAGUCUCUGUUACCAUGAUGAAAAAGCAGUACAAGAACCUAUGUAUCAGGAAGAAUCUGUGCUAGAUGAUAAAAAUGAUUCUUUUUAUGAGUCUUCUGAAGUAGUUGAACAACCUGGGACAACACAAAGUGAUGCAAAUAAUACUUCCGCUCACUUCUUGGAUCUGGAAGAACCAAGUCAAGUAGAACAAGUUGCUUCAAAACAGAACUAUUUGGACAGCUUAAAAGAAAUGGAUAAAACUCAGGUUCCUAAUUUAGAUGGGAAGCCUAGCCAUUUACCUGUGACUGCUCUAACUGUCCAGGAGAGUUCAUUGAAGACUGUUGGUUUAAAGAAGAGAAGAAAAAGAACACGUUCAAGCAAGAACAUUCCUGAAACACAAGAGAAUUCUUAUGACUUUGAAAAGUCUUUUGAUCAUAUGUAUUCACAAGUGGUUGUUGAAGCAAAGCAGAGGAUUCUCAGCCACAAAAGGUCAUCCAAGAGAAAGAGGGCCAGCUCUGCUUUCAGCAGUUACAAAAGCCAAGGAGGAAGAAAAUUGUUUAGUGAUUUUAGGAAACACCUGUUUUCUGAAAGUAAUUGUGAAACCAGCAGUGAUAGGAGCGGAAGCUCUUGGAUCAACAGCCAAAGGGAAAAAAACUUUAAAACAUACGUGAAGCAGAAAAAGCCAAGAGUCAGAAGUAAAUUAAGAGUUUUGCCAUUGUCACCUUCAAGUAGUGGCAGUGAUCACCGAAAGGUCAAACCUAUAUCAGUAGGAAAGAAGAUCUCAAGGCAAGACAAGAACAAAACCUCAGACUUGCCUGUGGUGGAAUUCCAAGGUAGCACAGUCUUCCUAACACCAGAAGAUUCUGCCAAGAAGAAGCCCCUCCAAAGUGCAUCCUCGUUAUGUGAUGCAUCUUCCCCAGAGUACUCAGAUGUCACUGAGGAUUUAUCAAAGCCUGCAGCAACCAAAUCAUCAGUGGAAAGUGCCAUCCUUAAGCGAAAACUGCAAAAUGUGGAGGUAUCAGAUUCCUCAGACCAUACUUUGAUAAAGCCAAAACACCGAAAAUUAGAAGAGGACCACACAUCAUUUUCCCCUCUUGCCUUAAUGCCAGAAGAAAACACAGUACCUGAAGUCUUACAGGUUAUGCCAGAAAAUCUAGGAGAAUCUCCUGUCAUCUCUACCUUUGAAAUUUUUAUUAAAGAAUUGAAGAAAAGAUUUAAGUCUAGGAACAAGAAAAAAGAUGUUUGUUUCCAAAAUUCUAUGAAAGCAUCUGAGAAGUUAACCAUGCUUUUAAACCAGAUACAUCAAUGUAGGCUUGAUAAGAUAGAAGAGUUCCAUAUGAGCAUUCUUCAAAAAUUGGACAACUUUAAGAAGGAUGUUCAAGCUCUGAAAGAUCUUGAGAAUGAAAUCCUGGAUGUUUGGAAGGAACAAUCCACCAAACUAAAUUCAUUCUGUGAUCUACAAAUGCAAAGACUAAACUACCUGAGGAAAAGAUGAAUGAAGAUGGCUUGAUCACUCUCUUCUCUUUGACUAAAUAAAUGAUGCACUGACAUUGCAGCUGUUAGCAGCUGGUGUUGACACCAUUCUGUUCUAUUUCCAUUGCUGAGUUAUUUGAACUAGAACUGAAUAUGAAAUAUUGCACUGGUUUGAAAUUGGCUUUUUGUUUAGCUAUUUAUCCACAAAACUCUUACUUUGAUCAAAAAAAUGAAUGUUCAUAAAGUCAACAACUUUAAGGACUCUUUAAAAAAAUCAGUUGAAAUGUUUAGUAAUUUUUAAAAUCUGGUUUCCUUUCUGCUAAAGUUAUUUAUUUCCUUUUUCCAUUGCUCUUAAUUUUCAUCUGUCUAUUCUUAAAAUUUGUUUUAGAGGUAAAUUUAAACCUUUUUAUUUUGGAAAAAUGAAGGAGAAAUAAGAGGGAAAAGUGCUAAAUUUUAGAAAGGUUCUCAUCUAGACAGGAACAUUUUUCAUUUCUCCAUCAGGUGUGAGUUUUGAUUCUUAAAAACUGACAUAAUGAAGUCAAAUAAUUUUCAAAAUAGAAAAAAAUUUAAAAUUUCUGUGGAAAUUAGCAUAUGAAAUCAUUUACAUAAAUAUUUGAAUUAUAAUGUCAAAACACUUCUUUAGCAGUGACUUUGUUUAUAGUAUGCCAAAUAUACUUUAAUCAGUCUAAACCAUUGAAAACAGAUUAAGAUCAUUGCAUUUAGAGCUAGAAAGGCUAUUGAAAGCCAUGUAAUCCAAACUCUGCAGGCAGCUAAUGAUAUAUACUCCCUAGGAAGUACAGAAGAGAUCAUCAUAUAGGUAGAAAUAGGAAGAGCCAGGAUAUUAGUCAAUAAGUAUUUACUAAGUUUCAACUAGGCCAGAUCUGGUCUUGUAUACUAGCUUUGUGACUCGGGGUAAGUCACUUAAUCAUGUUUGCCUCAGUUUCCUCAUCUGUAAAAUAUGCUGGAAAAGAAAAUGGCAAACUACUCCAAAAAUAUUUGCCAAGAAAACCCCAAAUAGGGUUAUAAAGAGUAUGACACUAUUGAAAAAUGUCUGAAAAACAACAAAGUUCUUACUGCAAUCCCAAGCACUGUGCCAAAUACUGGGGAUACAAAGAAAGGCCGAAGAUAGUCCCUACUUUCAAGAAAUUCACAGGAUGUGAACUAAAAUUCUGACUCCAAAUCUCCCUUUUUAAAAUUUUGAUAUUUUAUUUCCCCCAAUUACAUAUGAAAGCAAUUUAAAAACAUUUAUUUAAAAAUUUUUUUGAAUUACAAAUUCUCCCUCUUUCACCUUCCCUACUCAACAAAAGGUGAUUUAUUAUAGGUUAUACAAAUGUACUCAUAUAAAACAUAUUUCCAUGUUGGUCACAUUGUAAAAGAAAAUAAAAAAACCAAAAAAAGAGAAAAUUUUUUUAAAAAAAGUAUGUUUCAAUAUAUAUUCAGACUCUACCAGGUUUUUUUUUCCUGGAGAUUUUCAUCAUUAAGUCCUUUAAAAUUGUCUUGAAUUACUGUAUUCCUGAGAAUAGCUAAAUCAUUAACAGUUGAUCAUCAUACAGUAUUGCUGUUACUGUAUACAAUGUUUUCCUCAUUUUAUUUUACUUUAAUUUAUGUAAGUUUUCCCAGAUUUCUCUGAGAGCAUCAUCAUUUCUUAUAGCACAAUAGUAUUCUAUUGCAAUCGUAUACAACAACUUGUUCAGCUAUUCCCCAGGUAAUGGGUAUCCCCUCAAUUUCCAAUUUUUGUCACCACAAAAAGAAGUUACAAUUAUAUAUGUCCUUUUCCUUUGUUUUUUCCAGUAAAUUCCUUUCUCAUCUCUAAUUUUGUUUUGAUAAUCAUCCCAUCAUAUUCACACCUGUGCCUGAGUAUGCAUCCUUCUAAAUGUCUUAAUAAUGAGAGGCUUUUUUUCUAGAAGUUACAAGAAUCAUUCUCCCAUGAAGGAAUGUAAACAGUUAAACUUUUUGAAUCCCUUAUGAUUUUUCUUUCCUGUUUAUCUUUUUUAUGCAUCUUUUGAAGCUUAUAUUUGAAAGUUAAUUUUUUAUGAAUCUUCCUAAAAAAUAGUAUUGCUUGCAUCUACUGCUUAUAAAAGAUACUAUAAUCUGUGGGGAUAUUUUAGUAUCAAUAUAUUCAAUAUUUCUUUGAAUAAUGUACUAGUUGAAAUAACCUCCCCCCUUUAAAACUUGUUUUAUAGACAAUUCUUUGUACUCUAUACGUAAUUAAUCUGAUUUUUAAUUAAACAUGUUUGAAAUAAAAUUUUUACUUAUUUUACUUAA